AUUCAAGAAAGAAAUAAACUUUUCUUCAAAUAUUUCUCCUUCUUUUUUCUAACAUGGUAUUAGAGUUAUAAGCUCCUGGUUCUUCUUUUAUCACUGCUUGGUUAUUGAGUUGGAUUUUUAGAUCUAUUCCAGAUCUGAAACUUUGUCGUUGAGUUCUCUUCUCCUACAAAUUGGAUUGUUUAUUCUCAAUUCUCACGCCUUUUUUGAGACCCACAGAUUGGACAACUUCUUGGAAUUGGUCGCAAGGUGGGGCAUCUAUUUGAGCUCAAUUAUCUGCAUAUACCUAAUUAUAAAAUGGAUACACCAUCAUUUCCAAAUGACCAAUUUAUCCAAACCCUGCUUUGUACUGCUGAAUUAGAGUCUUUGCAAAUUCCAUAUCAACAAAUCUUCCAAGCCUGUGUUGCUACUAAUGUUUCUCCUCUUCGUUUAUGGCACUCAUGGCUCGGACACACCUCAGUCGGUAAACUCCAUCCUUUCAUUUCUCAUGGUUUAUUAGGAUCUGUUCCAAAUGAAUGUUUACAUUGUGUGUCACGUCAAUCUGCAAAACAACCAGCUUUAUCGUUUACUAGUAGUCAUUCUCUUUCUACUGCUUCUUUUGAUCUCGUGCAUUUUGAUAUUUGGGGUCCAUCUCCAACACCUACCAUGGGGGGUUUUAGACACAUUCUUGAUUCUGUUCGUGCUUUGCUCAUUUCGUCUUCUUGUCCAGAGCGAUUUUGGGGUGAAGCUGCUCUUACAGCUAUUUAUCUCAUUAAUCGGAUUCUAUCAUCAAUCAUCAAUAAUAAGUCUCCAUAUGAAUGUUUGCUUGGUAUUCCUCUUGACUAUGAUCUUCUUAAGGUGUCAUCUUUUGAUCAACCUCCACUUUUUACUAACUCUUCUAUUGAGUUAUUUCCUAGUAACUCUGAUGCAGAUACAUUUGAUGAGCUCUAUGAUGCCUCUCCACAUGCUCCACCUGGUUUUAUUGAAGAUGUUCUGCCUGCAGGUAAUGUAUUAGACAAUGCUGAGUCUUUUUCCCUUACCUCUUCUAUAUCACCAAUUGGACCUAACCCUGUUGAUCUUGAGCCUGAAAAUGAGAUCUUUAAUCCACCUUCAAGUCAUCCUACUCAGGUAAGAAAUCUUCCUACCUAUCUUUGUGAUUAUCAUUGCUUUCCUGUUAUCACCUCCUUACAUGGGCCUCAAUUCUACCAAGAGGCCUCUUUUAGCCCUAUUUGGCAGCAAGCUAUGCAAGAUGAAUUACAAGCUCUUGACAAAACUCGUACAUGGGAUUUGGUUGAUCUUCCUGCUGGAAAGCCUCUAAUAGGUUGUAAAUGGAUAUACAAGAUCAAAACUCGGUCUAAUGGUUCCGUGGAGCGUUACAAGGCUCGUUUGGUUGCUAAAGGAUUUACUCAAGAAUAUGGGAUUGAUUAUGAGGAAACCUUUGCACCUGUUGCUCGUCCUACUUUAGUUCGUAGUAUUCAUGAUCUUAAGCAAUUUCUUAGUCAUAAGUUUGAGAUGAAAGAUCUUGGUGUUUUGAGCUAUUUCUUAGGCCUUGAGGUCACCUCUUCUAAUGAUGGUUAUUUUCUCUCUCAAACAAAAUAUGCUUCUGAUCUUAUAUCUAAAGCUAGAUUCACUGAUAGUAAGACUGCAUCUACUCCUCUUGAGCACAAUGUUCAACUUACAUCCAUGGAUGGUUCUCCAUUAGCUGAUCCUACUCGCUGCCGACAGUUGGUUGGAAGUUUGAUUUAUCUCACUACAACACGACCAAACAUAGCUUAUACAGUUCAUGUUGUUAGUCAGUUUAUGACUACGCCUCGCUCCAUUCACUAUGCAGCAGUACUUUGCAUUAUUCGGUAUAUUAAAGGUACCAUGUUUCAUGGACUUCACUUUUCUGCUCAUUCAUCUCUUGAACUUCAUGCUUACUUUGAUGCUGAUUGGGUUGGAGACUUUAAUGAUCGUAAAUCCACCACUGGAUAUUGUUUUUUUCUUGGCGAUUCCUUAAUCUCUUGGCAUAGCAAGAAGCAAACAGUUCCAUCACAUUCUAGCACAGAGGCUAAAUAUCGAGCACUUGGAGACACCACAUCAAAGUUACUUAAUUUACGUUGGCUACUAGAAGAUAUAGGUGUUUCUCAACCACCUGCUACUAAUCUCUAUUGUGACAAUCAGAGUGCCAUGCAAAUUGCUCAUAAUGAUGUUUUCCAUAAACGCAAUAAACACAUUGAGUUACGUACCUUGAAAACCUUGCACGGAAUCUUGUUGCUUUUAAGGAUCAUGGCUAAGCAAUCUGCUGCAAGAAUGGUUUUCUUUGCUGUAUUGAUGGUUGUUGCAUUAAGCACUCUAGCACGACCACUUUUUCAAAAUAAGGUUGAGAGCCACCUUCUUUUACAAGAACUAGGCUACGAUGAAAAGAAGCUGGAGCAUUACCAGCAUGUCUUUGCAUCAACUAUAGAUACAGAUAGGAAUGUACCUGGUGGACCUAAUCCAAUACACAACCCCCCUGGCACCCCCCCGAAGAUGUCUUAAGCAUAUAUAUUGCUCUUUGCUAUCUUAAUAUAUUGCUUCAGAUCAACACAUAUUGCACUAUGUGUACGAAUAAAAAAAUGUAAUAUGC